AGCCACAGCCCCAGGCACCAUGCACACUCACACACACACUCACACACACUCCACUCUCCUCCAGCUGCACCAAACCCACCAUGGCCGCCUCCACCCUGUCCGUCUGCUCCAGCGACCUCAGCUAUGGCAGCCGGGUUUGCCAGCCCGGUGCCUGGGACUCCUGCCCCGACUCCUCCUGGCGGGUGGACGAUGGCCCAGAGAGCUACUGCGAGCCCCCCUGCUGCGCCCCCAGCUGCUGCGCCCCGGCCUCCUGCCUGAGCCUCAUCUGCACCCCCGCCAGCUGUGUGUGCAGCCCCUGCCAGUCAGCCUGCACCAGCUCCUGCACACCCUCGUCCUGCCAGCAGUCUAGCUGCCAGGCCUCCUGCUGCGCCUCCUCCCCCUGCCAGCAGGCCUGCUGCGUGCCCGUCUCCUGCACCCCUGUCUGCUGCACCCCUGUGUGCUGUGUGCCCGUCUGCCCUGGGCCCUCCCCCUGCUCAGACACCUCGUGCUGCCAGCAGUCUAGCUGCCAGCCCUCCUGCUGCACCUCCUCCCCCUGCCAGCAGGCCUGCUGCGUGCCCGUCUGCUGCACCCCCGUCUGCUCUGGGGCCUCCCCCUGCCCAGCCCCCUCGUGCUGCCAGCCCAGCCCCUGCCCCCUGUCCUGCUGCAAACCCUCCUCCUGCGUGUCCCUCAUCUGCCGCCCCGUGUGCAGGCCCGCCUGCUGUGUGUCGGUCCCCUCCUGCUGCGGCCCCGCCUCCUGCCAGCCAAGCUGCUGCCGCCCGGCCUCCAGCGUGUCCCUGCUCUGCCGGCCUGUGUGCAAACCCUCCUCCUGCGUGUCCCUGCUCUGCCGCCCCACGUGCCGACCCUCCUCCUGCGUGUCCCUGCUCUGUCGUCCCACGUGCUCCCGUGUGGCCCGCUGCAGCCCCGCCUCGGCCCAGAAGUCCUGCUGCUGACCGGGCACGUCCCCCAGAGCCAGCCGGGCCCCAGGUCCCACCCCGUGACCGUGGUCCUCCCAGUCCCCUCAGUCCAGUCCUGACCUGUUAGGUGGCUGCCCUCACCCAGGACAGGGUCCCCGCAUGUGUCCACUGUCCUGACCUGACCUCUGCCUCCCAGGAACCCUGACGUCGCUGCUCCCCAGCUGCUGCCUCCAGGAGGCUCCUCCACCCGCCUCUGGGUCACCUGUCCUCUCCCAGGUGCUCUGCUCGGGUCACCUGUGGACUUUCAAGUGUCAGCCCCUCCUCGGCACCCAAUAAACUCCCUUCCUCACCUGA